AUGAAUGGCGUUGGAGCUCUGGCGCCUUUUGUGACGGAAUUGGAUCGUCUUGCACCGAGUUUUGAUGUCCGGGGAGAGCAGAUCCAAAUUAUUCGAACACCAGCCGAAUUCUACGAGACGUUGAAGAAUCGGAUACGAACAGCCAAGAGACGAAUCUUUUUGUCAACAUUGUAUAUUGGAAAGUCGGAAAAGGAGCUUAUUGAGACGCUGCAGGAGGCGCUGAGGAAGAACCCAGAGGUGAAACUGAGCAUCCUUACAGAUGCGUUACGGGGAACUCGAGAGGCGCCCAACCCAUCAAGCGCAUCACUUCUGGCGCCAUUGGUACAAGAAUUCGGGGCGGAUCGUGUCGAAAUUCGAAUGUACCACACGCCCAAUUUGACGGGAUUGAGGAAGCAAUAUAUCCCCAAGAGGAUCAACGAGGGCUGGGGACUUCAGCACAUGAAGCUUUACGGUGUUGACGAUGAGAUCAUCAUGUCUGGGGCAAAUUUGUCUACCGACUACUUUACCAAUCGUCAAGAUCGAUAUCAUCUGUUUUCAUCAAAAGAGGUUACCGAUCACUUUUGGAACAUAUACUCAGGUGUAGCAUCCUUCAGCUUCCUUGUGCAACCUUCAGAAGAACCAGCAGGCUUCACGCUGUCAUGGCCGCAGAACAACUCUGCUCCUUCACCGCUGGAAAACCCCCAAUCUUUCAUCAAGAGCACUACAUCGACGCUUCAGGCUCUUCUACAUCCCAAGUCCAGACCGGAGAAUGAUAUCUCUGAUACAAGGGUGUACAUGCUUGGCCAGAUGUCGCAGGUCAUGAAGCCCGACACUUCUACUGAGCUCCCAGUCAUCACACACAUCCUCAAGACACUCGCCUUACCCGCCUAUCGCGAUUCUGCGUGGACAUUUACAGCCGGCUAUUUUAACCCUGCCCCGUCUCUGACAAAGCUCCUUCUUGCCACUGCAUCCUCCAACAACACAGUCAUCACCGCAUCCCCUGAGGCCAACGGCUUCUACAAAUCAAAAGGUGUCUCGGGCCUCCUACCCGAUGCAUACACACUUCUGGCCCGUCGUUUCGUCCACCGCGUCCAUCACGAAGGCCGCGAUGCCGACAUCACCCUAAAGGAAUGGCGUUACGGUGUCGUUGGCCAACCUGGCGGAUGGACAUACCACGCCAAGGGUCUAUGGGUCACGAUGCCAGGCGACAAGAACCCCGCUAUGAGUAUUAUUGGGAGUUCCAACUACACUAAACGCAGCUAUUCGCAUGACCUCGAAGCAGGGGCCUUGAUCGUCACUCGCGAUGAAGGACUCAAGGCAAGAUUAGGAGAAGAGCAGUUAUGGCUGCAGGAGCAUGCUACCAAGGCGACGCGAGAUGACUUUGCACGAACUGAACGAAGAGUCGGACUCAAAGUUAGGGUCGCCAUGUGGAUUGUUUCGCUAGUUGGCGGAGCAUUGUAA